GAAGGGAUUGCAGCAAAUUGCCUCAUCGUAUUAUAUGCCUAAUAUUGUAAUGCAAGCGCAAGUUGCAGUCGAUAUUCGUGAUCGUCGUUUAACAGAUAGAAUACAAAUACCCAGUAAUGAUAUAACAAUUAUGCAUGAAGCUAUACCGUUUCUUCCAGUUCCGGUUGCCCUAUUAUGUCUCUUCUUUAACGUUAUCAUACCUGGAUCAGGGACAAUUUUAAGCGGAAUUAGUGUGUUGUGUAUGGGACAACCAAGAAUAAAUUUUAAAGAAGGUCGUAAAUUGAUGACAUUAUUUUUGAAUUUUUUGAUUGGUAUUAGUCAAUUCUUUACGAUAACAUUUCUUCUUGUUGGAUGGUUUUGGUCAGUUGCAUGGGGUGGUUUGAUUGUUAUACAUUCAAUGCAAUAUCGUGAUGCAAUGGUGCAAAGACGACAAGAAGCAGUAGCAACUGCAGCGAUCGAAGCAAUUACCAAAGAUUCAAUAUUACAUAGGCGAGAUGUGAAGAAGCUUGUUGGAGCUCAUCAAGCGAUUAUUGGAGGGAAACAACGAACUUAA